GGAGUGGCGGCCAAGCCCAGCAUUGACUCAGGUUGAUUUGAUUGUGUUGUCACAGUUCGACGCUGGGUGUGGUUGUGCCGAGGCUUAGAAAUCCUCGGAAAAAAUUGGAGCAAGAGUGGCCCAUGGGUUUUUGCGGAAUUAUCGCAACGAAAUAGUUCGAAAUUGUUGAAUUAUUGAAAUUCGAUCGAAGAUUUGGAGUUUGUGAAGGCGCGAUUGACGAAAAGGAGAAUGAAGAAACAAAGUUUCUCGGGUAGUGUGGCUGUCGGUGUGUUUUCGGUUGCACUGGUGUGCGUUGCGGUGGCUUUUGCCACCCCAUCGUGGCUGGCCAGCGACUGGAGGAUCACGAGCACAAAUCUGAAUAAAAUUGGACUGUGGACACACUGCUACAAGUCGCUGCCUGAUCCUGCGGCGGCUGAUGCACCCACACAAUUCUUCGUCGGGUGCAGGUGGAUUUACGAUCCUUUCACCGCUGGGUGGUCAGACAUCAGGGAAUUUUUAAUACCUCCCUUCAUGAUCAUCACCCAGUUGUUCUUCACAAUCUGCUUCGUCCUGAUGCUGAUAGCAUUUGCCCUAGUCAUCUUCUUCACGACAUGCUUGGACCCAGAGCACAGGCGCUUUGUCCAGCUGAUCUACUCUAUCGGAUUCAUACUGAUAGUAGCUGGAGUCAGUGGCGCCAUAGGUGUCAUCGUCUUCGCCUGCCUCGCAAACGGAAAGGGCUGGAUGCCAGAUCACGAGAACAACUACUUCUCCUGGUCAUUCGCGCUUGGAGUCAUCGGCAGUGUUCUCUGCAUCAUCGCAGGGGGCCUCUUCCUCGUCGAGGCAUCUGUUCAGAAGAAGAAACGCAGAUACUUGAAGGAGUCGCAGACGCGGUUCCAACUUGAGUCCAAGUCAUAAGGGAAUUUUAUUUAUUAAUGCGUCACUGCAUCCGUCCAAAUCCGUCCAUUUUUUGUGUUCCAGUAUGAGAACGAGGAGAAUCGUCAGCUAUUCUCGAGAAUUGACAAUUUACUGGGUUCGUCAGGUGCCUUGUAAUUGAUUAGGGAAUUGCUUGGUGAAAUGUAAUUUAUGAAGUUCAAGUUUUCGGUUAUUGUUAGUUUAUAUUAGAACAC